CAAAUUUUUUCCCCGUUUCCCUCCCGCAAGCGGUCUACGAUGACCGACCCCAACCAAUUCUUCCAAGACGACGGCAAAAACGACCCGUUCAACCCUUCAGCAUCCUCCAACAUGGUUUCCGGUAGCCCUAAUUACCCAACUGGCCCAUCCAGGUCGACAUCAACUAGCAGCUUAGUGCCUCGCCACGCCUCCCCAGCAUCGUCUGUCCUUUCCAAACCAGGACGGAUGGUCCUCUAUCGUCUAGCAUCCGAAAACGAGCCUGGAAGUAAUCGAAACUCUGCCAUGUCUCAUCUAUCCGAAAGCCCUUCCAUGCUCGGCAGUGACGACAACAAAUAUCCCUCGUUUCGACAUCAUGACUCCACCAGUUCGUCGGGCAGCGCUCGCCAACGAAUAGGUCCACAUGCAGCGCUCUUCUCCAAUACUCCUUCCUCCACCUCUGCUCAGCUCCCGGUGAACGCCCCCAGAGGUCUCGUUCCCUACGAGUACGACCCAGUCCAAGACUCCCUUAACGACGAAGAAGACCUACUCCACGAUCCCAAAUAUUCCAAGGAGGAGACGAGGAAAGUGAUAAAAUCGAGUAACGGGUUGACUAUGAGAGGGCUUUGGAACGUCGGGAUGUUGGUUGUGCUGGUUAUCGCCUUUCUCGGACUCUUCCUCGUAUACCCCGUGGUCGACAAUUACAGGCAGGAUGUCAUACGAAAGAACAUUGCAGACAACAUCCACGUCAACGGAACCGGCCAAACCCCAGUCCUCACUAUCACCCGCGAACUCGUCGACCCGGAUACACCUCAAGAUGCUCGAACGCGUACAGGAUUCGACGGACAGCCCUACGAACUCGUCUACUCUGACGAAUUCACCGAAGAGGGUCGGACGUUUUACCCUGGAGAUGACCCGUACCUCGAGGCCAUGGACUUUUGGUACGGCGUGACAGGCGAUCUGGAAUGGUACGACCCCCAACAGGUCAGCACCCGGGACGGCGCACUCGUAAUUACGAUCGAUGCUGAUUCGGAAACGGUGACACAACCGAAUCUGACAAAAGGGUCAACAGCGCCGUUUACGAAGGAUGAUAAUCACAAUCUUACUUACAGAAGUGGGAUGUUGCAGAGCUGGAACAAGUUUUGCUUUACGAGUGGAUACAUCGAAAUUGCCGUCCAGCUUCCCCAUAAUUCCGCUCAAAACGGGUAUUGGCCUGGUGCUUGGAUGAUGGGAAACUUAGGCCGGCCUGGGUAUAGAGCUACGACGGAUGCUAUGUGGCCGUACUCGUACGACGAAUGUGAUGUCGGAACCUUCCCUAAUCAAUCAUAUAAAGACCAAUCGGGCCCUCCGGCUGCUUUUGAUCUCCCGAAUGGAUGGAAAGAAUUCGAUAUGAAGCUCAGCGUAUUAAACGGGCAACGGCUAAGCGCAUGCACAUGCCCCAACUCUGACCACCCCGGCCCUUGGGGUAACUUUGGCGGAACGCAACGAUACCGGGGAAGAGGAGCACCCGAAAUCGACAUCAUUGAAAUCCAGCACAACGAUGUGGCUCCCGGAAAUGUAGCUAGUCAAAGCGCGCAGUUCGCCCCGUUCACUCAUCAAUAUCUUGUCGACAAGGCUGGGUACACGAUCUACGACCCCUCCAUUACCCAUCCGAACGGUUACAGCGGCUCACCGUUGCAACAAGCCGUCUCAGGACUUACGAGGGUUCCAGAUGCAGGAUUCCAGAGAGCUCCCAAUCCACGAUACGUUACCUAUGGCUUCGAGUACUGGGCUGAUCCCAACGAUCGUGACAACGGAUUCAUCACCUGGCAGGUUGACGGAAAACCUUCCGUGCAGCUCUUACCUAAGGCUGUCGGACCUGACAUGGGACCUGAGGGAAGUCUCGUUGGGCAGAGAACUAUUCCGGAGGAGCCUAUGGCCCUCAUUUUGAACUUGGGCAUAAGUAAUAACUGGGCCCAGAUCGACUAUACCAGCCUCCAGUUCCCAUCGGAGAUGCUCUUCGAUUAUAUCCGGGUAUACCAGAGAGUAGGGCACAAGAACGUUGGGUGUGAUCCCAAGGACUAUCCGACGAUGGACUAUAUCAAGAAGCAUAUUGAUGAGUAUUCGGAUUGGGAAACGAAAUCAAAAUGGGAGGGAGGGACACCUAGGAACCGUCUGUACGAGGGCGGCUGCUAGCACUGACAGACCCGCUCUUUGCUCUACAUGCUUAUCUUUGGGGUUAUUGAUCUUUUGCAUAAAUUUGUGCUAGUAAAACACUCGCUAUCCU